AUGGCCAAACCCACGCCCCGAAGGAUUGAUCACUACUGGCACAAAAGCGGAAUCUGUGGAGUUAUCAGCCGUGCUGCACUCCGCACUCUCCAGUUUGUCUUCGCUGUCACAGUUGCUGGUCUUUACGGAGUUGAUCUGGCACAAGCCACGAAAACCAAGAAUCACGCCCACGCAGAAUGGAUCUACGCUGAAUUCGUUGCUGCAGUCUCUGCCCUGACUUGCAUUGUGCAUUGCUUCUUUACUGUAACCCAAGUCGCAUGGUCGGCUUGGGAUGGAGUUCUGUUUGUCCUCUGGCUUGCCCAAGUGGGUGUUUUCGGAACAGUCUAUAUCUCCGGCACCAAAACCGGCUAUGAAAAUGCGACAGUGUCAGUCCCACGUAUGCACGCUGCGGUCUGGAUUGGCUUGAUCAAUAUGUUGCUCUGGCUUACGACAACUGUGCUCGGUAUUGCGUGGUGCAUUCGGACUCGAAAGGUCACUCGACGGACGGACAAGGUGGAUGUUCACAAAGAAGAGCUUAUUGAACCGGACAGCAUGAGGGGGAGUGACAAUGAGGAGAGUGGUCCGUGGAAUGGAAAAAAUGAUGCGAAAGAGUUCACUGAUGAACCUAUGGACAAAUGUCCGCCGGAGUACACCAAAUCACCACCUGCAUCACCUGCAUCAGUGGAGAAGAAGGGAAGGUUCGAGCAGGAUAGGAAAGCCACACUUGAAGUCUAA